UUUGUUUGCACAAACAGCAGUUAGCACGUUCUAGUCAUGUCCAAGGCCCAGAUUCAGAAGCCCGCUCCCCACUUUGAGACGGACGCGGUCAGCAACGGCGAGUUCAAGACCGUCAAGCUCAGCGACUUCAAGGGCAAGUACCUCGUCCUCUUCUUCUACCCCCUCGACUUCACUUUCGUCUGCCCCACCGAGAUCAUCGCUUUCAGCGACCGCGUCAAGGAGUUUGAGGCGCUCAACACUGCCGUCGUCGCUGCCUCGAUCGACUCCAAGUUCUCCCACUUGGCCUGGAUCAACACCCCGCGCAAGAACGGCGGCCUCGGCCCCAUGAACAUCCCGAUCCUCGCGGACGUCACCAAGACCAUCUCGCGCGACUAUGGCGUGCUCCUCGAGGAUGCCGGCAUUGCGCUCCGUGGCCUCUUCAUCAUCGACGACAAGGGCAUUCUCCGCCAGAUCACCAUCAACGAUCUGCCCGUUGGCCGCUCGGUCGAUGAGACCCUCCGCCUCGUCCAGGCUUUCCAGUACACUGACAAGCACGGCGAGGUUUGCCCCGCUGGCUGGACCCCUGGCAAGGCCACCAUCAAGCCCGACGUCAAGGACUCGCAAGAGUACUUCAACAAGCAGUAAAAGCAAAAGUCUGCUCUUUUGUGUGUGUGCUUUUGCCUGCAUGUCACCGCCAUCCUCUUCGAUGCAAUUUGGGAUGAAACACCUGUCAAAGACCAGUGCCUGCCGACCCUGUGGAAAUUUCGCCAUGUUCUGCAUGCCACUUGUUGUUGUUUUGUUUCUGGGGGUUUUGUUUCCGCAUUGCUGGUUGAGGUGGGACAAAUACACUAUCGCUUCAUUUACA